AUGGCGUCGCUCAAGCACUGCAAUGCAGCCACAGCACUACUCCUGGCGAUCGUCUUAGUUCUUGCGGUGGUUGAGACCCAGGUGACGGUGGCUCAGGCGCAGGCAUGUCCAGUCCAGCUCAGCAACCUCAACGUCUGCGCGCCGUUCGUCAUGCCCGGCGCCGCCGCUCCCAGCUCCGAGUGCUGCUCGGCGCUCCAGUCCGUCCAGCAUGAUUGCCUCUGCAGCACCGUCCAGAUCACUGCUCGCCUUCCUUCCCUCUGCAACCUUCCUCCCGUUGGCUGCUCCACCGUCUAA